UUUAUUCUUGGAGAUCCUGAAUGACUGCUCAGAUGUGGAUGAAAUCAAGUUCCAGGAGGAUGGAACCUGGUGUCCCAUGAGACCAAAGAAAGAGGCUGUCAAGGUCCCCUCUCACUCAAUUCCAAAAAUUGAGACCUUAGCUCCUUUGCGCCAGUCUUCAGUGGUCCCCCAUUCCACUGAGCCCAGCUCCACAAAGAAGGCUGAUGUGAUUGAUCUGACUCUGGAAAGCUCUUCUUCCUCGUCUGAUGAAGACGACACAGACCCUCCACUGAAGAAACGCUGCGUUUACAUUUCCAAGAACGAGGAGAUGCAUGCGAAGGGAGUGUUGACCUACCAGCCAUCUGUGCGCAUGCCAAACGCCCAGGCCCUGGACCCAUCAUAUCUGACUGCUACGCUUGCUGACUAUGCAGUCCCCUUCCACCCAUCCACACUGGCCACCAUCCCCACAGACAUGCAGAGUCUGGAUUUGUUUUCCUUAAUUCAAGCAGAUCCUCAGAAUGGGGCCUUCCCUAGAGACUGUGGUAGCGACCAGUGGUCCAGGGCGGUUUUGCUCAUUAGGGCAAUCGGGCAACGAACCACCAAACCGGGAAAGACAGUCAACAAACCGAGCGGCGACAGUUCACCGUCCCCACAGCCCAGCACCAGCCCCGGCGCUGAUCUGCGUGUUGCUGCAUCAACCAACGAGCGGUACCUCUAUCUGAGCCCGACGACCGGACCACUAACCUGUUUUCAGCGGUGA